AUGGAUCCAUCUUCCGACGCCCAAACCUACGACGACAUCGCUGCGUUCAUCCUGACUGGCCUGAAGGCGUACGACCCAUCACUCGGCGGUUCGAUGCCACAGCUUCGGUCCAGCAUGCAGAAUCUGUUCUCCCUUGGAGAUCUCGAAGAUGCCGACGACGACGACGGUUCCUGGGCUCUUCGCGAGUACUUUCUUCGUCUCGCGACACAGUGCCCCACGGUUGUGUUCGAUCUUGCAACGGCCCAACAUAUAAAUGUAAUCGUUAUGUUAUUACAAGGGUGUUGA